AUGACCUUCUCCGCAUCCUGGCUUUCAUCGUUGCAAAAGGAACCUGAGCUUGCCGUUUCCUUCGGCAUCGCCUCGACAAUUGCAAGCGCGACUGCGGAGAGCUCUACUCCGCCGUCAACAUGCCGAGAGAGUGUGAGUUCAAGCGUCCUGAUAACAGCAUACAUGGCAUCUCCAUGGUUCACAUCUUUCAGCAACAAUGGAGCAUAUUCGCAACGGGAUAUAAAGUGCCGAUUCGCCUUCAUAGCUUUGACGUCGGCAAACAACAGCUCCAGAUUGUCUACUGACUCAUUUUUGCCAGUGAGCAGGCUAGACACAAUCACACGGUGCCUUCGAAUAAGCAACGAAGGAAUACGACUGGCAGCUGCCACGGCCAGUACUCUACGAAGUUGCUCUUCGCGAGAGGAAGAGGAGGAGGCGGCACAAAAUUUCCUAAACCCUAUCAUCCACAAUGUUGACACGCCUCUUAAGUGA